GCCGCCACCGCGGGCUCAGUCCGCGAGGAGCCCGCGACCUGGCGGCGCCGCACGCGCACCUGCCGGGGCCGCGAUGCUGUAGGACCGCGCGUCCCGCGCCCCGCGCCCCGCGCCGCCGCCAGGAUGCCGCGCUCAUUCCUGGUCAAGAAGCAUUUCAACGCCUCCAAGAAGCCCAACUACAGCGAGCUAGACACACACACAGUGAUUAUCUCCCCGUAUCUCUAUGAGGGCUACCCCGUGCCUGUCAUCCCCCAGCCGGAGAUCCUCAGCUCGGGAGCCUACAGCCCCAUCACCGUGUGGACCACAGCAGCUCCCUUCCACGCCCCGCUGCCCACCGGCCUCUCUCCUCUGUCGGGAUACCCCUCAUCCUUGGGGCGAGUGAGCCCCCCUCCGCCAUCUGACACCUCUUCCAAGGACCACAGCGGCUCCGAAAGCCCCAUUAGCGAUGAAGAGGAAAGAUUACAAUCCAAGCUUUCAGACCCCCAUGCCAUCGAAGCUGAAAAGUUUCAGUGCAAUUUAUGCAGUAAAACCUAUUCGACCUUCUCUGGGCUGGGCAAACACAAGCAGCUGCACUGUGACGCCCAGUCAAGGAAGUCUUUCAGCUGCAAAUACUGUGACAAGGAGUAUGUGAGCCUGGGCGCCCUCAAGAUGCACAUCCGGACCCACACGUUACCUUGUGUCUGCAAGAUCUGCGGCAAGGCGUUCUCCAGACCCUGGCUACUUCAAGGGCACAUUAGAACUCACACUGGGGAGAAGCCUUUCUCCUGCUCUCACUGCAGCAGGGCCUUUGCAGACAGGUCAAAUCUGAGGGCUCAUCUGCAGACACACUCGGACGUCAAGAAAUACCAGUGCAAGAACUGCUCCAAAACCUUCUCCCGAAUGUCUCUUCUGCACAAACACGAGGAAUCGGGCUGCUGUGUGGCACACUGAGUGACACAACCCAUGUUUACUCAAGCAGAAGGCAUUUCUUCACUCCGCCUCCGAAUGACAAGUAAAAGUCCAAAGGCAUUUUCUCUUGUGCUUACCGACCAAAGAAUAUGUAUACACACACACACACACACGCACACGCACACGCACACACACACACAGAGCUUCAAGAGCACGGGCAUCCAUGUGUGUCAAGUUAAUCCUUUCCAUGUGAAGUUUAAAAUUACUAUAUAUUUACUGACAGCUAGAUGGAGAGGAUAAAAGACAAGAAUCUUUCUCUUCAGAGAUGAAGCAAAAAGCACAUUGUGCAUCUUUUCUUACUAAGAAAGAAUUCAAAGAUUUACAUCGCUGCCAAAUCAUUUCACUGAAAAGAACAGUGUUGCCUUGUAAUGGAAUUUGUAAUAGAACUUCCUAUAGGAGGAGAAUCUGCCAGACCCUAUCUCAGGUGCCUUAGAAAGUAUUCCGAGUUUACUUCAUUACGUGUCUGAUGUCAGGUCACCAUCCUCGAGCUAAAGCCUGUUUUGAUUACUGGUCAUGCUUUAAACUGUGUUUUUAAGGGAGGGAGGGAGGGGGAGAGAGGGGGGGAGAGAGGAAGAAAGAACAAGAAGAAAAAACACAGGAGAAUGUAUUAGAAGUGGGGGUUUUUGUUCUUUUUUUUUUUUUGCCAAUAACUAUACGUGCCUUGGGGGAGACGGGAAAGACUAGCUUUGAACAUUCCUGGUGCAUAUGCUCCAUGUCAUACUUUUUUAAAGAAUUUUUGAUGAUUUUCUAAAAAUUUUAAUUUUUUAAAUUUUAAUGAUUUUCUAACGAUGGGAAUAAGUGCAACAAAGGAUUUUUAGAAACUCUGUGAUGUACUUAAACUAUUUUAAACGCAUACAAGAAAUGCAAUCCACACAGCACUCUUUGCAACUGCCUUUUUAAUUAAUUGUAUAGUUGAUGAGUCCAUGUAAAUUUGUGUUUAUUUUUAUAUGAUUGAAUGAGUUUUGUAUGAAAGUGAGAAGUUGUCUAUAGCUAAUGCCUAUAAACAACCUGAAGACUUGUGAAAUUCACGUUUCUUUUUUAAAAAACAAUUUUCAAGGUUCUUUUUUACAAUAAACAUUUUUGAUUUAAAA